AUGUCUGCCCAGUCUUCUGACAUUCAAGAAAAGAUCUCCACGGCGCGGAGGGAGGCAGAUGCCUUGAAGGACAAGAUUCGCGCCGCAAAGGACCAGACAGCGGACACAAGCUUGCGCGCUAUGGCCAACGACACCCCACCCCUGCCGCGUAUCACUAUGAAGGUCCGCCGCACGCUCAAGGGUCACUUGGCAAAGAUCUACGCGCUGCAUUGGUCCAAUGACAAGCGGCACCUCGUGUCGGCAUCUCAAGACGGCAAGCUCAUCAUCUGGGACGCCUACACAACCAACAAGGUGCAUGCCAUUCCUCUCCGCUCGAGUUGGGUCAUGACUUGUGGCUACUCGCCAUCCGGUAACCUCGUUGCCUGCGGUGGUCUUGACAAUAUCUGCACCGUUUAUUCGCUUCGUGGUGCUGGCGCUCCAGGGACUCAACCGCGAGUCGCCAAGGAGCUAAUCGCGCACACAGGCUAUAUUUCGUGCACGCGUUUCAUCAACGAUCGACAGAUGCUCACUGCCUCGGGCGACAUGACUUGCAUGCUCUGGGACGUGGAGCAAGGCACUCGCAUUAGCGAGUUCACCGACCACACGGGCGACGUCAUGAGCGUGUCGCUCGGGCCAAACCCCAACAUCUUCGUCUCGGGUGCCUGCGACGCGAGUGCAAAGGUCUGGGACGUGCGUCAGCCAAAGGCCGUUCAGACCUUUACUGGCCACGAGUCGGACAUCAACGCGGUUCAGUUCUUCCCUAAUGGCGACGCGUUCGCAACAGGCUCCGAUGAUGCCACAUGCAAACUGUUCGACUUGCGCGCCGACCGCGAGCUCAACUCGUACCAGCACGACAACAUCCUCUGUGGUAUUACUUCGGUCGCCUUCUCCAUUUCAGGUCGUGUCCUGUUUGCCGGAUACGACGACUACAACUGCAACGCGUGGGACACACUCAAGGGCGAGCGUAUCGGUGUCCUUUCGGGCCACGACAACCGUGUGUCGUGUCUCGGCAUGAGCGGCGAUGGUAUCGCGCUCUGCACGGGUUCGUGGGACAGCUUGCUCAAGGUCUGGGCUUAA